AUGUACGCCAAAGGUAAAGGAGCUGCCGUCCCUUCUGAUAGUCAAGCGAGAGAAAAGUUAGCUUUAUAUGUGUACGAGUACUUGCUACACGUUGGGGCUCAGAAAUCAGCACAGACCUUCCUGUCUGAGAUACGAUGGGAGAAGAAUAUCACAUUAGGAGAGCCUCCUGGAUUCCUCCACUCGUGGUGGUGCGUGUUCUGGGAUCUGUACUGCGCCGCUCCGGACCGCCGGGAGACGUGCGAACAUUCCAGUGAGGCCAAGGCUUUCCAUGACUAUAGUGCAGCUGCCGCACCCAGUCCUGUGAUGGGUAACAUGCCCCCUAACGAUGCCAUGCCAGGUGGACCCAUGCCGCCCGGGUUCUUCCAAGGCCCCCCUGGCUCACAGCCGUCUCCUCACGCUCAGCCCCCCCCACACAAUCCCAACAACCCAAUGAUGGGACCUCACGGCCAGCCUUUCAUGUCUCCACGGUACCCAGGCGGACCCCGCCCUUCACUUCGCAUGCCAAAUCAGCCUCCAGUAGGAGUACCUGGAUCACAGCCUCUCUUACCAAACAGUCUGGACCCAACCAGACCACAGGGACAUCCAAAUAUGGGCGGGCCAAUGAGGAUGAACCCGCCCAGAGGGAUGGGUGGGAUGGGCCCACAGAACUAUGGUGGUGGAAUGAGGCCUCCUCCAAACUCAAUGGGCGGACCCGGGAUGCCUGGCAUGAACAUGGGUCCUGGAGGCAGAGGUCCAUGGCCUAAUCCCAACGCAAACUCAAUAACAUACUCUUCCUCAUCACCGGGAAACUACGUGGGUCCCCCAGGAGGAGGAGGACCUCCAGGAACUCCCAUAAUGCCUAGCCCAGGAGACUCGACGAACUCCAGUGAAAACAUCUACACGAUGAUGAAUCCGAUUGGCCCGGGAGGCAACAGACCGAAUUUCCCAAUGGGUCCUGGUCCAGAUGGUUCAAUGGGAGGAAUGGGGGCGAUGGAACCGCAUCAUAUGAACGGGUCGUUAGGCUCUGGUGAUAUGGACGGGCUGCCAAAGAACUCUCCGAACAACAUGGCGGGCAUGAACAACCCUCCGGGGACUCCUCGUGACGAUGGAGAAAUGGCAGGAAACUUCUUAAACCCAUUCCAAAGUGAAAGUUACUCGCCCAACAUGACGAUGAGUGUGUGA